AUGAGUUACACGGACAACACACUAGACUUUAUGGGGUAUGUGGCAGCAGUGCACCUCGUUCUUAGAGGAAAGCUCGAGGACCGACCGAGGUCUUCUUUCAAAUUUUAUGACAGAGAUGGAAACGGACAACUUGACAAAAAGGAGCUAAAACAAGUUGUCAAAAUCAUCUACAAUAUCAAGAGGCAUGGGAACCCAUCUGAAACGGAGAACCUGACCCCUGAUCAAAUCACUGACCGGAUCUUUGACCUGGUGGAUAAGAAUAAAGAUAGCCAGAUUUCCCUGGAGGAGUUCCUGGAUGGGGCUCAGAAGGACCAGUGGGUGCUGGACCAGCUCCAGCUGGACAUGAGGCCCUGUGGGUGGUUUCGAGAAUAG